GUGACAUGCGGGAGGAUAGCCAUAUCAGGUGUUGCUCGGGAAACAGUUUUUGAAUGCCUUAGAGGUUCAAUUUUGUUUAAUAUCUUUUUAAUGCUUACUUUAAAGUCAGUUUUAUAGUAUAGAUUUCUCUCAUAUUUCCUUUUCUUUUAUCGCCGGCAUCGUAGUCACAUCACCAUAGGGGGUAAGGGUCAUUGAUAGGGAGCUAGAGAAAAGACAAAGACGACGCUGUUCGCAAUGACCAAGUACCAGGAGGAAGACGACAGUGCCCCUGACGACAGCCUGCGAAGGCUCGUGCUCGCCUUUGCGGUGACGGCGUGCCUAUUAUGCGUGGUCCUCGCUCUUUCGGUGUACCGCCGGAGGGAACCUUCGAAACAAGACGGUGACGAGCCGGCCAGUGCCCCAUCGUCCAGCGGCCCCCAGCCCACAGGGGUGACCGAUCCCAAGGCGGCCGAGAGAGCGGCGCGUCGGAGGCGCAAGUUUGAAAUCCUGCGUCGUCGCUCGGUCAAGCAGGAACUCGCCAACCCGUCCCGAGACGAGUGGAUCUACGUGGACGCACAGGGCCGACCGGUGGCGUACCUCACCUCCACACAGACGGUCACGGUCACGUACAACGGCACCAGCAAGAUUACCGUGACGAACACCACCACGACGGUCACCACCAGCAACGACGCGUACGCGACCUCCGCGCGCCAUCGAAGCAGCCAGGCGGCAGCACCGCCUGAACAAUCGCAGCAGCAGCGCCAUACCAUGGCGCUCGGAAGCACGGGUGGCGACGGGGUCCUCCUCCGCAACGACAGCGAGCCACAGAAGGAUCGCAAAGCCAAGACCACUACACGGCGUUGACGAACGCUCCGAGAACUGUACCUUCAGCGGACAGUUGGACACGUGCGGUGUGAACUAUUUGCUUUUUUUGUCCUUGUCUCUUGUGUGUAUUAUUGCAAAGUUAUUGCCUUCCGACUUGGGUGAGAGGAUAUCUUUGUUUGCUUCGUAUAAGUAAAAAAAAAAAAGAACUGUUACAUUUAAUAGAAGGCGGAGGGUGCGAUUUUUCUUGUCAUUAUUACUUGCAGUUUAUGAUCGACUCCCGGUUUGGCGAGCAAGGGGACAAAAUGUAUUGGUAAAAGAAGCUGCACGAGUGAACACUCCUCGGAAUAUGGACCUGCGUAUUACAUAUAGCAGAACCACGUUGACACGUUAUUUUAGAGAAUCGCGGGGACGGGAAGCGUUUGACCCAAAACACACAGCAUCCGUUAAGCUUGCGGUACUAUCAAUUAUGAGACUAAAGGCUACUCUCGCACAAAAUAUGAUUUGAAGUUAAAAAUAUGGGCACCUAACUAUCGAAAACCAGCAUAAUGCCGCCUAACGCUUAGAGUAAAACAAAAUGUUUGGGAAAUGAUCGUAGCUUUGAAUCGCAAUAUAACGAAGCGAAGCGUGGGAUUUCAAUGGCUCGCUUGGCUUGAAUUUGAGAUAACAGCCUCUUUUCCAGUACUGACGUCCUUUCUUUAGUUGGCGCGCAUCAUUAUAUAUAGAAGUAACCGCAUGAGAUAUCUAAUGCCCUGGACACACGGGUGAACUAAGUCCUUUGGAGAAAAUGAUUUUCUGUACCGCUGAAGAACCCCUUACCAAAAUGAAUUUCUCUGCACACAUACGGUAAAGCUUUGUCUCUAUGUUUUCCGUAAGCCAUGUAGCAAAACGUGAGUCAUUGCUUUUUUAGAUUGAAACUGGGAAGCAGUUAAAAAAUCGCGUAUCGUGUUACCAGUGCAAAUUAAAAACGAAACAUAGUGAACUAAUUUUAAUCGUGUCACCUAAUUGCACAGUUUCAAGGUGAGCUUCGCUUACGGUCUGGUCUGCUCCGCUCAUAUUUCACUUGUUCUGGCAUAGAGGAACUGCCUUUGCAUGACGGCGCAUUCCUAAAAGCGCUACCCUCUAACCUCAAUGGUGAGUAGUCGGCUUGGCUGCAAAAGACGCAGCGGCUCGGCAACGGAGCUAGGGCACGAUAUGGCCCAGCUGAUCAUGCCUUCCAGUGGCAGAAUAAGCGUCGCGCGAACUUACUAGCAUUAGAGUGUGCUCUGCCGACACAUUUGCGUUCCCGCUGUGCAGCUAUGGGCAAGCUGCUUAAGAUACGCUGGCCUGAACGGACAAUAAACGUUGAGUUAUAACAAAUUUUGAAGGGGCCAUCCACAAUGAUUGUCAGUGUAGGCAAACAGUCCGAACAAACCAAAUAACCAAUGAAUGAAAGAACAAACGAAUAAACGAGUGAGCA